CACUGUGGAAAUUUAGAGCGCGCCUUCCACGGAUUUGCAGACUAAGCAUGAAGGCUCAAAAGCGCACUACAAUGUUGAAGAUAUUUUCUCUGGUAUUUGCUUUUGUGGGUUUUGCGACUCCCAGCCAUGGCGCAUGYACUAUGGAAAACUGGAAAACAAGUUUUGAUAAAGCGGGCUACUCAACUUGURGUUCAUAUUUGAGUUAUCUCAAUGGUUUAUACCGGAGCAGCAAUUCUGGAAAUGCAGAUACCAUCAGCAUGAUUGAUGAGGCCAAGUGUUGUGCUCGGAARCCUACUUACUAUCACCAACCAACCCAGUGUCAGGCAGCCGACUGGUCUUCAUCGUUUGAUAAAACCAACAGGUGGAAUACCUGUCCAAAUGGAUUUUUCCUUCAAGGGCUUUACAGAACUGAUGACAAGAGCUGGCUCCAUAAUAUUGAGUAUGGRAAAUGCUGCAAGCCUGCCAAACAUCCAUACCAAUAUGGCUAYUGCUACGAGCAAAAUGUUGGUGUAAGCUUUAACAACAAAGGCACAAGCAAGUGCAAGGAUGGAUAUGUYAUGACUGGMCUGUAUCGUGGRUCCUGUGACAAACUAUCMUGYAUUGAAAAGUUCAAGUGUUGCCAAAUGUUUCCCCAAAUCCCUGUGUUACAGUCUCUCUCUGAUGCCAAGACACGAGUCAUGGAUAUGACAAUGUACCACCUCAGUAAACUCGCCCACUACCUCGGCUACGGAUKGUGCUCGGGYUGCAGARGUCAAUACGUCGGCGAAGACUUCCGAAGAMMCGGCGAUACCUGGGUAGCUGACAAGCGAUCGAGUUUGGUUUCUUGCUCAGGCUAUAAAUCCGACCGCAGGCUUCAAAUCAACUACGGUGACUUUAGAUUCACUAUCAAGGAUAUUAAAUAUGGCACACCUGUACAACAGUCUUUAAAACCUUAUGUAUAUGAUGAAGGCACAGUCACAAACCAGCUCUCAACUCCUGUUAAACAUUUUCUUGAGGAAGAGGUCCGAUCAGUCCGUACUGUUACCCACACAACGACWAGUUCUUGGACGCAUGCGCAUGAGCUAGGCAUAGAGUUGAAAUACGUCCCUCCAGCCACAGGGGGGGCUAGUGGUGGAAUAAGCUAUAAAUUCAAUUACGAAUCGACGCAAACUACCACUGAUUCCACCUCUAAUCAACAGUUUAACAAAUUUAGGCUUAGAUCGGAAACCACUAUUGAUCCUAAGUCAGCUGUUGAAUGGAAAAUCAUGUUGUCAAACUCAAGAUCUACAGUUCCAUACACCGCUACAGUCCUAGUGCAUUUCUCAGCUCAGUUGGAUGGAUUUUUAAGAUGGGGAGGUGGAUACGACGGAGACAGCACUAACUAUCACGUUAAACACAGAGGCAGCACUUCAAGACCAUCUUUUCCUUAUCGAUUUGGUGACUCGUCAAAACCCUUCUAUAAGGCAUUAAAAGAGCAAAGUAAUCAAGGACAGCAUCCUUGGAUGUGGUCUGAGAUGAUGAACCGCUGGACCAAUGCUAAGCCGAUAAUCGACGCACUCACUAACGAGGCCUGGUACGAGUUUACGCUGACCGGUCAGUUCGAGGAUGUGAUUGGACAAAAAGCAGAUGUCCUGUGGAAGACUGCUACUCCUACCAAACGGUCSGGUCCAAUGACAUCAAAGAAGGAAGUACAUGAUGAUGAUCCACCGAGAGUAUUUCCCCCUCCCCCUAAGGUUAUCAUUGACACUGGGAAUUACAUAGAAGGAGAGCGCAUACCAGUUAAAGGAAUUAAGAAUUAAGAUAAUUGCAGACGAUGAAUCAAUGUAUACACAAUCAUGACUUAAUGUAAUAAAAGUAGGCUAAAUUGACUUUGUCACAAAA